UAUUGUUGUGUGGUUUGGAGAUCUCUCACCCCAGCACUGUUGUGUGUAAAGAGGAUUUGUGUGAGCUUUAUAAUCAGCACUUUUGUUGUGUGUUGUAUUAAAUGUCAGUCACAUACACUGUUGAGUUAUUAUGACACAGUGACCAACGUCACACUGACCAUUUACUUUCACUCGCUCGUCUCUUAUGAUCCGGUUUAUCAGACAGACUCUUUUAUCUGAUCACAUCUGACUCUUCUGAGAUCAGCAGCUCUGUUAAAUAUCUUUACCUGUUUAUUUAACGUGGCUUGAGCAAAGGUGUGCUUUAAUAUAUUUACUGUAUGUGUAAAGAGCCACUGUGAUGAGAGUACAAAUGAAAACCAGGCAGUGUUUAUUCAAGUGAGACGCAUCUCUUUUGUACCUUAAAUAACACAUUUACACUAUUAUGUUUGUUAUUUUUAAGAAAAAAAUGUGAAACAGUAUCAAACUGCUCAAAAGUACUUAUACAGUAGAAAACUAAAAUGACACAUGUACUUGAAUAAACUCAAACGUUUGUGUAAUUGUACGGCUUGUGAUAAGAGUGUCAAAGCUAUCGAAACACAUCCCAGAGUUUCUUUAUAAACAUCAAACUACAGGAUUGUUGAAGUGAUUCUGUCUGCUUUCACUCCACACACACACACAUUUACUGUGCUAAUAAAACACCUCAUAUCUGAUCUUUCAUAAAGAUGACGAGACACUGUCAAACAUUUCAGAGUGCAAAAGAAGUUCCAUCAAAUUGACUUUAGCAGUCACUUGAACUUAAAUGAUAAUAAACGGACUUUUUAGAAUGUUGGUACUUGUUUAAAACUAAUUUCAACUUUAUUUUCUAGGCUCCAGUGGCUUGUCAAGUCAAUUUGAUUUCACUGAAACACUCAAGCGUUUGUGACUGUGACUGCACACAUCCAGCGCUUCAUGAAAUCCUCUCAGAAUGAAGAUGUUUCACACAUUCAUGAGCUUGACUGAAGUAAAUCAUGUUUGAAUAGAGGAUUGGUGUUCUUGUUUCUGUGGGUUUGUUUGAUUUCAGAUGUUCUAUUUCUCUGUUAAUGUGGAGUCUGAUGUGUCCGCCUGGAGUUUUGAGAGUCUAACGGACAGAUUCUGUUCUCACUCGUCUCCACUGAGAAGAAGCUCGUUCGUUUGAACUAUUCCCGUCUGGACUUCUCCUGCUUGACACUUCAUUUAAAAUGUGAAGAUAGAUUCAUCAGAUAAUAGAAUCAUCCAACUAUGAAAUUCUUAUUACACCUCGGCAGACUCUUCUCUUCUUGUGGAAAAAGAUUUAUUUGUACAAUUUGUAUUUGUCCACAACACUGACUGGAAACCCAUUUGGAUGGAUGAAUUCAGUCCAAAGGUCUCGCAGCGAAGAGCGAAGAGAAAGCGCAGAAGAGCCGUUCUGUGGGAGCGUCCCGGUGUUGAUGUCAGGACGGAGAACAGAGGACGUCUCUUGCCCUUCACCCACACGCGCAGGAUGAGUCGUGAGGUCGCGCUGUGGUGGUGGCUGCUGCUCGCCGCUGCGCUGCUCGGAGUGUCGGACAGUCGCAAGGCUCGACCGCAGGGCUCCAUCCCGUCACCCUUCAAGAGCCACUCGAACACGUCGGCCCGCCGCGGACCCAAGCAGGAGGUGCUCGCGUCCAGUCAGGAGGCGCUGGUGGUGACCGAGAGGAAGUAUCUGAGGAGGGACUGGUGUAAGACGCAGCCGCUGCGGCAGACGGUCAGUCAGGAGGGCUGUAAGAGCCGGACGGUCAUCAACCGGUUCUGCUACGGCCAGUGUAACUCGUUCUACAUCCCUCGGCACGUGAAGAAAGAGCAGGAGUCGUUCCAGUCGUGCGCGUUCUGCAGGCCGCAUCGCUUCACCACGCUGACGGUGGAGCUCGACUGUCCGGACCUGCAGCCGCCGCUCCGCUACCGGAAGAUCCAGCGCGUGAAACAGUGCCGCUGCAUGUCGGUGAGCGUGGCGGACUAACGGUGAGAGACGCUGCGUCGAUGCGUCACUAGUACAGACGCUGCUGGCUGAUGCGUGACACCGAAGAGACGCUCGGCUCGAGAGCGCGCACGUUUCAGCCGGACAGCGAACACAAAAUGCGCACGAGAGAGAGACUCCAACCCGCUGCUGCUGCUGCUGCUUGACUCGGACAUGUUUAACGGACUCUAGAGAUUCUAUGCAACUAUGGUACAAUACAUGUAUAUAUCUAGAGAAACAUUCAACUAUUUCUAGUAGAACUUUGACUUCCGCCUCCUAACAGAACGCAAACACAUCGCGCUGUUUGUCAAUCAACAAGACAAGACCGAAACUCUGUGAAUCUGAAAGAGACGGUUCACCUAAAAAUCCAUUUUCUGUCGUCAUUUAAAGAGUUUGAGCAAAACCUCAGUUUAAAAAAAUCAUGUUGUUGUUUUACUGUGUUAGUUAGCUGUAUUUUUGAGUUAUUAUUAUAUAGUCAAAACAGCCCAACUGCGGUUUGAUCGAGAUUACUUGUAAAACAACAAUUAAAAAACAUAAAAUGUGUAAAAAAUGAGCACAUUUAUUUCCCCUCAAUCCUGUAUGCGAGUCUUGCUUCAGUGGAACACAAAAAAAAAGUAUUUUGAGAAAUGUCUCAGCGGUUUUGUGUUCAUACGAUGGAAGUCAAUGGGGUUCAGUGUUUUUUAUUAUUAACAUUCUUCAAAAUAUCUUCUGUUGUGUUCUGAAGAAGAAAGUGUACUGUUUGAGUAAAUGAUAGAAGAAUUGCACCUUUGAAGAUGAAAGUGGAAUCAGACGGUGACGUGAUGCGUGUCACGCAUGACACAAGAACGUGUGCCUAAAUGUAAGAAUGCACAUACUGUGUGUGACAUGUACACAAAAUAGCUGAAGUGAAACUUGUUCUAUAUAUUUUUUCAAACUAUUUUAGUAAAUGUUUUGACAUUUUGACUCACUUCUGUCGGUUCCACAUCCGUCUGCAGAUUAAAAACAGAAAGUGUGAUGC